UAAAAAAUUGAGACUAAGUUGAGGACAAGAAGUAAACACAAAUGAUGGCAUUCAAAAUCCAGCUGAAGAAGCAAAUUUCUACAACCAGAAAAUGUUUUGUCCAAAAGAGACCUGCUGCCUUACCGGCAGCUCCUCAUCGUUACAACCGCCGUGCUAUAAAAUUCAGGAAGAAAACACCACUAAGAUAUCCUAUUGGAAUUCCAAGCUUAUGUCAAAGAAAUUAUUCGGGUGUGACAAAGGGCGGGAGUUCCGGUAGAUGGAAAUAAGAAAAAGAAGCCGGAAUUGAAGGAUGCGAGCAGUGGAGCAUAUCUAACGACGAAUCCUUGAACGGAAGUGUGCUGGUAAUAUGACAGUAGCAAGGUGUACCAGGCCCACCCAUUUACGAGAGAUGCUACUAUACACAAGUUGUGAGAACGUUCUUCGGGACGUGCAAUGUUUUUUUUCUUUCUAAAUAGUGAACCAAGUUCUGAAUUCUAAAAAGACCCUUGUGGGUGCACGAAAUAUUGAAAAAUGUGUUAGGAUAGCUUUUUGGAUGUUCAAAUUUGGCGGUUGCGGGUUAUAAAGGACGGGACUAUCUUUCUUUCUCUUUCGGGAAAGAUUAUGACACUCUUAGGCUGGCUCUGUUCGGGACUCAGUCGCUCUCUCGCCUCGCUAGAAUGUCGACGUACCUUCCAGCAGUAGCUCGAGCGUGAAAGCAUUUGCUGUGACGCUGUAUCCAACUAUAGACUCGAUCAUUUUCUUCCGCCUUUGCGCUCCAAUUGGAUUAUUUAUAUUCGAAACAUGGCUAACCCUCGAGUCACGUAUUAUCACCUUGUUCUCCUUCCUAUCUGCCUGCUGACCACAGUGAUGCUUCAGGUGGUAAUAUCGGCCGAAAAUCUAGUCCAGUUGCCGAUUAUCGUUUCGCCGAUUCAUUAUCGAUUGACAUUGUUACCCAUUCUGGAAGACGAUUCUCGUCUGUGCGGACACGUUUGGAUUGACGUCAAAGCCCGUUCAGAAACAAACAUCAUUCUUCUACACUCGUCAGAGUUGAAGAUCCUUAAAACCAUCGUUCUGCCAUUAUCGCCGGAUAUUAAUGAAAGAGCUACUCAGUACCGAUCCGAGGAUGAUGUAGCGGUGGAGAAUUUGUGUUUUAAUUCAGCCGUUUAUCACGAUUCGGCUAUAGCUCAUUCCAAUAUCGCUCUCGAUCAUCACCUAGAUGGACAGAAGCAGUAUCUGAGCAUUGUCUUGGGUGAAUCUUUGAAAAAAGGAGCCUACUAUCGAAUCGGUUUACUCUACACCGGUAACAUUUACGAAGACAACACAGGAUUCUUCCGGGCAAAAUACGAAGCUGGAGGUGAAACCGACUGUUGCAAGAGGACAGUUGCUGCCACACAACUGGAGGCCAUUCAGGCCCGCAAGAUGUUCCCAUGCAUAGAUGAGCCGGAUAAGAAAGCUACUUUCCAGUUAACGGUGGGACACUUUUCUGCCUUGAAAGCCAUCAACAAUAUGCCGCUUAAAUCUUCAGCGCCAAUGGCCACAGUGGAGCAUUGGGUAUGGGACACUUUCGAGACGACACCGGUCAUGUCAACCUAUUUGGUUGCCUGCGUACUCACUGAAUUCGGUCAUGUGGAAACCGUGUAUCAUUCAAUCAGUGGAAAGGACGUUCCUAUUCGAUUGUGGACGCACCGUCACCGACUUGCCCAUCUGGAUUUUGCACUCAACUUGAUACCCAAGGCAUUAGACAGAUUGGAGGACUAUACGGGUAUCGCUUAUUCUUUGCCCAAGCUGGACGUCGUCGCCCUUCCUGGAUACGAGGAAGGAAAAGCCAUGGAGAACUGGGGGCUCAUUAUUCACAGUGAAAUGAAUUUGCUGGUGGACGACACAACGGAUAGCAUAGACAAGUCGAUAGUCGCGGCUACUAUUGUUCAUGAACUCGCUCAUCAAUGGAUUGGCAAUCUCGUAUCAGCUACUUCGUGGGACGAUAUAUGGUUGAACGAAGGCCUUACCACUUUGAUGGAGAGUUUCAUUUUGGAACAAGUGGCAUCCGAUUUGGAACACGAAUCGGUGAUGCUCGUCUUUCUUCAAGAGGUCAUGAGAAGUGAUCUUUUGAGUACUCAAUUCCCUCUUAGCGCUCCAGCUAGCAGUUAUCCCACGGCCGAUGAAAAAUUUGACGUCAUCACUUACGCAAAAGGAGCUGCAAUUCUCCGCAUGGCAAGAAGUUUCGUUGGUCCCGAGGCUUUCCAAUCAGCCAUCCGCCGAUAUUUAACCAAAUUUCAGUUUUCAAGUGCCAAUAGCACAGAUAUGUGGAAUAUGAUCAAUCAAGAAGCCCGUCGCACACACACCAUUUCCGGUCGGAUGAGCGUGGCUCGAAUCAUGAAAACAUGGACGCAACAGCCUGGAUAUCCGCUCGUUCAUGUCCAUCGAGGCAAAAAUGGAAUCCUGCAUAUCAGUCAAAGACCGUUCAAAAGUGAGGAUGUUCCCGCCAUAGAUAACGCUACAAUGGCCAUAUCGGCGUCAUGGUGGGUUCCCAUUUCCAUGACGAAUGGUGAGCAACGUAAAUUUUCACCAAAGGAUUUGCUUCCCGUCGCCUGGUUGUCACCUCGAAAGCCUUCGAUGGAAUUUCAAGGCACGAUGGGAGACAACACUUGGGUGUUGGUGAACCAACAGGCCGGCAACUACUACCGUGUCAACUACGACAAACAAAACUGGGAUCUUCUAUCUCAGCAGUUGAUGCGCAAUCACACCGUCAUUCCAUUUAUCACGCGGUCACAGCUCGUCGACGACGCUUUCGUUUUGGGACACGCGAAAAUUAUCACGUACGACGUAGCCCUCGAUAUGAUUCGAUAUCUGUCCAAUACGAACGAUGACCUUUUGAUCCGAAGAGUCGCCCAAAGUCACAUCCAGUUUAUUGAAGGAACCUCUGAAAAUGCAAUUAAAAAUCCCGAAAAAGAGAAACUGAUCAGGAGUAUGUCGUCGUAUCUUAAUCGGGAUCGGAAAUCUCGAAUGGCGAAAAUGUCUACAAAUGAUUUGAGGGAUUUGAGCACCGGUGAUUGCGACGUGGGAGAUCGCCAAUGCGUCAAUAAAGCUCUUUUACUUUUCCGGGCCUUUAUUAGCGGCUCUACCCUUCCAGAAGACGACAAAUCCGCCAACUCGGACUCCAUAUGGUGUGCUGCUAUCCGUCACGGAAGCAAUUCCGAAUGGGACUUUGCAUGGAAUAUGACACGCUCAUCCGACCUUCAAUCGUCAUUAGUAAGGAGGAAGAUGCUCAAAGCAAUGUGUUGCACUACGGACUCGAUUCAUUCCAAGCAAUUACUGACACGAGUUUUACAUCCAAACAUCAAACAACGACCCAAAGACACUUCAAUGAUCAUGAAUCGCUUGAUAAAGAAUCCUUCAGCUCGACCGAUUGCCCUCAACUUUAUGCUGUCAAACUUUGCUUUCCUCAACAAACAUUUCCGAAAUCCUUCCGUGACUUCUGACUUACUUACGGCCUUCGCCAAACAUUCCUACUCAAGUGAAGAACUGGAAAAGGUGAGAGCAUUCGUCAUGAAUAACUCAAACGAGCUGGAGGCCGGAGGUGUUAAUCGUAUUCUCGCUGCUGUAAGAAAUAAUCUCUUUUGGUUAGAACUCACCAGCGACAACUUCCGUGGAGCUCUUCAUUCCGAUAAUAAGUAGAAUUAUAAAUUGUUCAAAUCGAUACUUUGCCAUUCAUACCGUAUGCUUCUAAAGCACGCCUAUGUAGGUCUCGUACUAACAAUCACAAAACAUUUAAAAUUUGUACAAAAAAACGUGACUGAUGUUAACUUAGUUUAGUGGUCGCUAAAUAUAUAAGUAUCUGCGCA